AGGUGUGUAAUGUAGAAAAAAAAAUCCUCUGCGAGAAAAAAGAGCAGUGAAACGGGUUGGUCGAGGAUUGUUCGAAUUGGUAGUGGCAAAAGGCAACGAAGAAAAAUGUUUUAAUGCAGCGAAUGCUCACCAUUUUCUUGCUAAAAUUGUGUCUACUAAUCCUCGUUAGUGCCAGCUUCAGUUUUAAUUGUGAUUACAGGGCCAGAUUGUUCCGGAAGUAGUUUUUUCUGUGGCUGCUGCUUGGAGUGAAAACGCGACGAAUACCUCCCCAACAAUUUUCCCUUCGUGUGUGCAUUAAACAGCAUUAACGUUGUGAUCUCGAUUGUGUUUGACAGUUUUCCUGGUGGAAUUUAGUGUAAAAAAGCUUAUAGAAAGCAGAAGGUUUGGAAGCUGUUGCAGAGCACUGCUGCGGACUGCGUCAGAGGAUCUCUUGUGUGUAUUCCUUAUCAGCUAUUGCUCUGCUGCCCUGUCGCUGAGUUGUUUUGGUUGACAAAACGUUUCCACUACGAAAGGUUUUUCCAUCAGCCUUCUAAAGGCCCCAACGCGAACUUCGGAUUACUAGGAUCCACACGCAAAGAUUGAAAAUACUUCACAUCGAAAAAAUGGAGAUUCUGUCCACGUCUCAAGUGAAUGGAUUAACUACACCGCGAAAGAAGGAUAUCGAUCCGAAAGAAAAUCUUUGGUCGGCAAUUCUCAGCGAAGUUCAAACACAGAGCAGUACCAAACUACCCUCGAAUAAGUCAGUGUUAGUGCUGGGCGACAAUGCCAGCGGCAAGACGACCCUGAUUGCAAAACUGCAAGGCGUGGAGGAUCCAAAGAAGGGAUCCGGCCUGGAGUAUGCGUACAUCGACGUGCGGGACGAGUACCGAGACGAUGUGACCCGCCUAGGGGUAUGGAUACUGGACGGCGAUCCCGGCCACAACAACCUGCUCAAGUAUGCGCUCAAUGAGUCUAACUACGCACACACCCUGGUCAUUCUGACGCUGUCGAUGACGACACCGUGGAGCUGGGUGGAUCAGCUGCAACACUGGAUAAAGAUACUGGAUGAUCACAUAGCGGGACUGAAAAUCGAACCGGAAGAAAAACAGCAGUGCUGCCAGCGGCUUGUGACAGUAUGGCAGAGCUACUGCGACACAAUCGACGAACUGGAUCCGGGUUCCCCUAUCAAACGCACCAAUCGUCUCUCUUCGGUGGAUGAUGACCUGGAUGCGCUACCCCUUCCGGAAGGUGUACUAACGACAAAUUUGGGCUUAGAUGUAGUUGUUGUUGUGACGAAAACCGACUACAUGACCACCCUGGAGAAAGAACUCGACUACCGGGAUGAGCAUUUCGACUUCAUGCAACAGUGGAUCCGUCGAUUUUGCUUAAUCUACGGCGCAUCAUUGUUCUACACGAGCGUGAAGGAAGACAAGAAUUGCGACCUGUUAUAUAAAUACCUAACGCAUCGGAUCUACGGGUUACCCUUCCGUACACCGGCGCUUAUUGUGGAAAAGGAUGCCGUGCUAAUACCCGCUGGUUGGGACAAUAUGAAAAAGAUUAAUAUAUUGUACGAAAAUAUGCAAUCCUGCAAGCCAGAUGAUUACUACAAUGAUAUUAUAGCACAACCGCCUUCAAGAAAGACUGUGUCCAACCGCGAAGUGGAGGUUCAGACGGAAGAAGAACAGGCGUUCCUCACACGGCAGCUGCAGCUACUACAGCAGGGACAAACGCCAACGCGAGGCGACUCGCCGAUGCGGUCACAGGGUAGUAUUGGUAAAACGACGCCACGGACUCCGGGGUCGGCCGGUGCGCAAGGUUCACCCAAAAAGGUUGACGGUAAACUAAAUCCUUGCACACCGAGCGGUGAGGGCGUACUCGCUAACUUCUUCAACUCAUUACUGCUGAAAAAGUCCGGUUCACCCGGAGGCGGAGCCAGUUUACCGGGCGCAACAGGCCUCUCGCCACGAGCAACAAACGGCGGUGGUGAUCUGGUUACGGCGAACGAUAAUAUCUCCAUGCGAACUGAUGCCGCUAUGGAGUUGGACCGUAUGACGCGUAGCGUCAAGAAGGAUCUGGACUUCUCGGCUCAAUCGGACUGCUAAGGGAGUUUCUUGGGAUCACAGAUCCGCCACAUGAUGGUAGCCUUGUUGCGAGACAGCGAACGAGAACGGAAAGGCGACUGUAAAGACCGAAAUUUGCACGUGUCGUGUGAUAUGGCUUAUAUGCUCUACAUAUACUCUGCGCUGCGGUAUUGUUUGUGUGUGAAUGUGAGCGCUUCUAUACGCAAAACAAGAAAUGAGAGUCUGCUAAACAGUGAGCUGGAGUGCGAGUGUUUGAUAAAGGGAACGGUUUGUGUUCCACAAUUCACCGAAAGUGGAAACGUGGAAUGCAUAUCGAACCAUUUUUAAUAGUUAGUUAGUGCGGUAAAGUAGAGAGAAUAAGUCGAAAAGGAGAGUUUUCAAUAAUAAGUGCAUAUUUGAAAUGUUCUUUCUGCUCUCGUUAAUGGUGCUUCUUUAUCCCAACCUGCAAGAAUAAAAUAAGAAGGUAUUACAGUUUAUAUUUCAUUUCACAACUCUGUGGGCUUCGUAUCCUUUAUCUUAGCUUAGAAUGUUACAACCAUAGGAAAUGCUAUCUCCAAUAUAGCCAACUUCAUUAUUUUUCGUAACUAAAAAACUAAUCCUGCAUUUUACAAAUCGCGUACCACUCUCCAUCAAUGCAUGCUUACUCAAAAUUAAAACAUUCACUGCAGUGCACUCAGUUGCGAGAAUAAAAAGGACAGAGAAGCCACCCGCAAUGCAAAACGCAAGUGAGAGAACAAGAAAACAUUUCCUAUUAAUUAACUUAUAUCGAAUUGAUAAUGAUAAUUUGCAGCUUACGAGAUGAUGAGCUAAUAAGUAGAGCAACUUAACUUAUAAACAUUUAUCCAUUGUAAUUCCUCAUUAAAAAAAAGAAGAAACAUAAAUAACACACAGGCCGAGCAAGAAAAAAUUCCAUAGGGAAAGAAGAAGAUUUAUUAUCUCAUUUUAAAUUUAUGUCGUUUUCCUCUAACCUUGAGGAGAUCGGUUUAAAAAAAUGAAAUUUAGUAUUUUGUAAUAAUUUAAUUAUUCUUCUGUUCCAAAAUGAAACCAGGUAACAAAAUAAGUACACCAAUAAUUUUGCAUUGUUUAAAGUUAUGUGCUAACACUAGAUUGUUUCCCGUAGUACGCAAACACGAAUUGUCGAUUUGACCCAUUUCAAUUAAUGUGACAAAUAUUUAAUCAUGUUGAGAAUUAGAACAGAUGACUAGGACAGGGCUUCCACUCUUUUUUAGCAAAAUCUUGACCAAUAGGUUCCAACAGAUUUGGUCUAACGUGGAAGCCAGCUGCGCUCUUCACUGGAUAAACAUUUUUAUAUUUUUAUAGAGUUCUCCAUCUUGAAGCAGGUAGCUUCAAUUUAUGAUUUCGAAUGUCGAAUGUGUUUAUUGCGGCAUUGAUAUCUGUAGCAAAAUAGCCUUUCAUGUUUAUGUGAAGCCUAUCACUAACUACUGGACCAUCAUCAGCGUAUCUUACGAAAAACAAACAGUUAUGCUAAAUAAAAAAGCAGAGAAACAAAAAUAGUCAACCAUUUGCCACAUAGUAGGCUGAUACUAAAAUCUACUAACCCAUUUGGCGCAGAGAAACCAUAUUUCGGAUCAUUUAAGAGUUAUUAACUCGUACGAACGAUGAAAAUAAAUUAUUGCAAAA